CUUUUCUCCUGCAACUUGCGUCCCAACAGCUUUAUACGAAUAAUAUAUUCCCACUUCCCCACUUCCUUUCUGUUUCUCUCUUUCUCUUACAUUUUCAAUUCUCAGAGAAAAACUGCCAUUUCCAUUUGGCAACCGCCAAUCCCUUGCUAACGUAUGUAUCCGUCAUCCAACUUCUCAUCCUCUCACGGCUCAACGGCCCGCCACAGCGGCGGCGAUGGACUCUCGCGCUACCGCUCAGCUCCCAGCUCCGACUGGUUGGAUGCCAUUGACUCCGUCAUCAAUGGAGGCGCGUUUGACCACUCCGUCCUCCCCACCUCACACCCUUCUCCGACCGGUACUUCCCGUGACUUCUCUGACUCGGCUGGAACGGGUGCGUCAAGCAAGUCAACGGAGCAUGGCGAUAAUGAUAAAGCCGCCGCAGCUUCUACCAUCGAGGUAUCUUACGAUUCCCGCGACCUGACAUUUCCUUACGGCGUCUGUAGCGGCGGAGCGUCUACUUCAUCAUUGGUGCGUCACAGUAGUUCGCCGGCCCGGCUUCUCAACCAACUUGCUGCCGCUGUAGGUGAUAAUAACGGAUUUCAAGUUCCAUUAAGCUCAGGAAGUUGUCAUAGUGGUGUUCUUGAAAGCAGGCAAUGUAUGUCCAGACUGAAUUCUCAACUAAGUCUCAAAAGACAGGAAACUCUGUCUCAAGUAGUCUUGGGAAACGGGAAUGAUGUUGGUGGUAGUAACAACAUGGAGAAUGUAGGGAGCUUUACCGUGGGAUCAUGGAGCAAUAACAAAGAGCACUCAGAGACUAUUUCAACAAUGGGAUCAUGGCGUGAAAAUGACAUCCAGCCAGUGAUGUGUUCGGUUACUCCGUUUAGUUCAGCCAAGAACAUUAAUUGUGAUAUUUCUAGAAGCCUUGGUGAGAUGGAAAAUCAGUUGCAAUUUCGCAUGCCGCAUGAAGCACUACUGGAGAUGGAAACCAUGGAUAGCUAUUUGCACAUCCCUGAAGUUUCUGUUCCAUGCAAAGUUCGUGCUAAGCGUGGUUGUGCUACUCAUCCACGUAGCAUUGCAGAAAGAGAGAGAAGAACCAGGAUAAGUGGAAAGCUAAAGAAGUUGCAAGAUCUUGUCCCUAAUAUGGAUAAGCAAACAAGCUAUGCAGAUAUGCUGGAUUUUGCGGUGCAGCAUAUAAAAUCUCUCCAAGAAAAGCUUCAGGAGUUGAAUAAGGACCGUGAACAAUGUACGUGUGGAGUUGUGGACGCAUGAGAAUGUAAACCACGUCCAUAUGAAAGAUAAUACUUCGUAUAACUGAUCAAGUCAAGUGAUAUUCAUUGUUGAGGAAGAGUUGGUGGCGACAGAGAGGGCCAUCUUCCACGUAUUUAAGGCCCUAAUCAAAGACGUCCCAAGCAGUCUAGCACGAGAGGUUAGACCAUUUGUAGUGGUUGGGAGUCCAAAUUGUUAAAUUUGGACUCCGUCCAAAACAGUGUUUUGACUCCGUCAAUACUGUUUUUCUCUGCAUUCGUGCACCGUCAAUAAAAUACACUCAACAUAUUUUUUUACAUAUCAAUUUAGUAAAACAUUAAUUAAUUUAUUAUAAGAAAUGUUUUCCGUUUAAUAUUUUCCCUAAAUAAUUGUGAAAUAAAAAAUACACAUUUUGACAUAAAAAUAAAUAAAUUUCAUUAAUUUUUUUUUAAUGUUUUCGGUUAACAAAAAUGAACUUAGUUCAAGUAAAGUUCGAUUAUAAAAUAUUCAGUUAUUUGUAAAGAUUCCAUGAAUUAAAAAUUUGUGUUGUUUCAUCGUUUUGUAAACGGAAGAAAACUUCAACAGUUAACAUUUAAGAAUUUUUGUUUCAUUUUAUAUAUUACAUAUUGGUGUCAUAUGAAAGAUCAUAAAAUUUUAUGAAUUUUGAUAUAUAUUUUGAAAAAUUUGGAGAAAAAAUAAAAAAGUUACAAGAGUUUAAAAUAAUUUGGGGUUAUAAUGAUGUCACCAUGAUGUCAUCGAAAACAUGGUUUGACUGUCAACCCCUCCCUCUAUAUUUACACUCUUCCACUCCCCUUUCCACUUUUACUCCCCCUUUUAAUCCUCCACUACACACAAAUAAGAGUCUAAAAUCUCCAUUUUUAAUCUUUUGACUCCUAAUCCCCAACCACUACAAAUGGUCUUACAUCAAUUCAAUGGCAAAUGUUGACAACAAAAAACAUUCAUAUUCAGUAGCUUUGUGAGUUACUGACUGAAAUGAUUCAAUAUGGUUAUAUGGUAAUUUUAUGUAGUUGUUGUAUGUAUAUGAUGUUCCUCUUAUUUCGAUAAAGAGCGAUGGGUUGUAAUUGGCUUUCGAAAAGAAAAAUUCUUUUUGUGAACGCCCAAAUGGCCCUAUAUCAAUACUACCAAAGAUUUUUUUUUUUUUUUUCCAUUUUUUAAGACGAAGUGCACAUGCCAUGAUGCCAAUAAUAUGGCAUGUAUACACAAGCUUAUACGCAUGAAGAGUGUACACGAAGCCUCUUUAUUUUGAAAAUGCGAGUAGAAAUUUUUCAUGUGUUUCAAAUGAGGGUUCGAUGAAGAUUAUAAUGAUUUCCAUAUAAAAAAAUGCAUGUAAUUUUUGGUUAAGAAAAUAUUUUGUGACCUUUGAACUUUUAGUUAUUCAUUUUGUAAAAUGUAUGUUAAGGAGUAUCAAAUGGGCAUAAAUAAAAGGGAAAAGGUACAAAUAUAUCCUUGUAGUAUGGGUGUGAGAACAAAUAUAUACACGUACAUUUUUUAAAAUUUAAUUUUUUUUUAAAAUGUAUGUGUGUCCAUUCUCCCUUGAUGUUUUCUAAAUAGAACAUGUGUAUAUUUUUUCUCACACCCAUUCUACAUGGGUAUAUUUGUACCUUUUGCCUAAAUAAAAACACUUUUUCAUCUUACUUUCUACUACGCAAUAAUAUUUCACUUUCACUAUACCUUUAUUCAUUGGUUGUAUCACAAUCGUAUAAUAAAAAAAAUUAUACUUCACCUGUGGGAACCUCCGUCAUCGAAUGGAUAGCUAAUUGAGAGGAUAAUCUAUGAUAUAACUAGAUGUGAACAUAGAGACGAGUACUUAAAUGUGGAGCCUAGGUCGUAGGAACCUCAGAACGCACGAAAAUAGAAACUAAAAGACACUUUGUUACUCUGUGUCUAUAUUAGGGUUGGACCCGGGUCGGGUCGGGUCCGGGCCGGGCCGGGCCUAGGCCCGGGCGGGCCGCCGGUUCUGAAUAGUUGGGCCCGGGACAGGCCCGGGUAGCUACCGGGUCCGGGCCGGGACGGGCCUCAGUUUUUUUUUUUUUUUUUUUUUUUUUUUUCUUUCCUAAGUAUCCCUGACCCCCUCACCCCCACUCCCCCAAACCCCUCCUAAACAUCAAGCCCAACCCGGGUGGAACCAAAAAAAAUGAAAAAAAAAAUCAAUUUGGCCCGAACUGGGCCCGGCCGGGCCGGGUCUCAUUUUGAAGGAACCGUGCCCGGAACCGUCUCCCCCUCGGGCCGGGUCAAAGCCCGGUACCCGGACUGGUGAACCUGGCCGGUCCCGGGCUCGCACAAUAGCGGGCCGGGCCGGUUCACGGGCCGGGUGGCCCGACCCGAGUCCACCACUAGUCUCUAUCUCGCUUUAAUUGAGGAAAAAAAACUUUGUUACUCUAUGUCUCUAUCUUGUCUCUAGGAACCUCAGAACGCACGGACAUAGAAACUAAAAAACACUUUCUUAGUCUAUGUCUACCUCAAUUUUUGCUUUAAUUGAGGCAGUUUUUCGCAUGCCUAGGAUUUUGAAAACAAAAAGUCUUGGUGUACACCCUGGGUUACACCCUGGGGUACACCAUAUAAAAGGGCCAAAAAAAAUUUACCCCAUCCUCCCACACCUUUCACACACUCACGCAUAUCUUCGAUUAAAAAAAAAAGCCUCUCUCCCUUUCGAGAAUCGUCUCCCCUUUCCGCAUCCCAAUCGUUCCCAAAUCUUCCCGCUCUGAUCCGCCUUCCUCAUCCUCUUCAUUCAUCCUCAUCCCCAUUUUGUAGACGUCGGCAAUCCGGAUUCCUCCAUCCCCUCUUCAUUCUCCAUCCACACAAUGAAGAGGACGAUGCUUGAAGUGAAGACAAAGACCCUAGUUGAAGACGAAGACCCCAGGGAGAAGGCGCCAUUGUAGAAUACCCCAGAGUUGCGAGCAUGGUGCGAACAAGUCUGUCUGAAAUGGCCGAAGGCACCAGAGAGUGAGAAGUCAUGGUGUUGGCGGCGUUUGUUGAACAUUUGUUGUUGGAGUUACCAUUGUUACCAGGUUGUGAGUACGAGAUUGUGGAAUGUUGUACAAUAGCGCAUGAGAUUUUGUACACGAUUGUAACUCCAAUGCCAAACUUUAAUGCAUCCGUAUUGUAUAAACACUUGUAAGUUUGUGUAAUGGAAAUGUGUUUGUGGUAACA